UUUUUCUUUAACCUUGAGUGCCAAGCAGAGCAGAAGUUCAUGGAAAGUUAUGUUUCGAUAACCUUGAACUCUCUUUAGCCAAACGAUCGCCUGUUUAGUUUACAUUCCAACUUUAGAGAAAAAAUGUCGAUCUACUGUAAAGUAAAUCUUGUUUUCAACAGGAAUUGACAAUGGAUUUCGAAAAUAUUCUGAAAGAAGUUGGUAGUUUCGGUUCAUUUCAGAAAAUACUGCUAAUGGGGAUUCUUGUUCCAGCUCUCAUCGUGAGUCCGUGGUUUUCAAUGGACGCCAUAUUCUUGUCAAACACUCCAGAUCAUUGGUGCUAUGUACCAGAGAUGGAACAUUCAAAUUUGUCAUUGCAAUUUCAAAAGAUGUUAAUCCGUCCUUCUAGCGAUAAGUCUUGUUCAAGAUAUGAUGUCAAUUAUUCGCAGAUUUUACAGUCUGGUAACUGGUCUGUGAAUCCCGAUUGGCCUACAACAGAAUGUGAUCACGGAUGGCAGUUCGAUAAGACUAAUUAUGAUGCCACAGCCACCACCAAAUGGAACAUGGUGUGCAAAGACAGCCAAUACAACAGCCUUAUGCUAAGUUUGGUUUUUAUCGGAGACUUAGUGGGAACACCUGUCUAUGGAUUUCUAUCUGACAGAUGUGGCAGAAAACCUACUUUUUUCUUUGUGGCCUUCUUGGUCAGUGUCACGGAAGUCGGAUCUGUACUCAGCCCGUACUUUUCAUUGUUCUUAGUACUACGAGUUAUCAACGGUACUGCUAUGACGACCAUAUAUGCGGGUAUUUACAUCAUAACCCUAGAGCUAGUGGAUCCUAGUAUGAGGGCUCGAAUAAACGGAAUUGCAACAACAUCCUGGACUGGAGGUCUUUGCUUACUGUCGCUAAUAGCGUGGGUAACGCGGAACUGGAUCUACCUAAGCAUAGUCGUAUCCGUUACAGCGGCAUCACUUCUCCUGCUCUGGAAAGUAAUACCGGAAUCUCCGAGCUGGUUGAUAUCACAAGAAAAAUAUGCAGAAGCAACAGAAGUUAUGAAAAAAAUAAGCAAAAUAAAUGGAAAAAGUGCUCAUGAAGGAAACGAACUUUUCCAGAAAAUCCAGGAAUUUGGGGAGAAGAUCCAAAAGCAAAAACUUGGAGAGGACAAGCAUUCGCCACUGGAUUUUUUUAGGUACCCGACUCUUCGAAAAAGAUUCAUUUUGGUUACCUUGUGCUGGAUGGGCGACUCUAUACCUUAUUAUGGUCUCCAGAUAAAUGUGAAAAAUCUGGCGGGCAACGAGUUCUUGAAUUUCUUCCUCGUAUCCUUAAUAGAAGUACCUGCACAUAUUUGCACGUGGCUUUUCAUGGAACGUAUUGGCAGAAGAUGCUGCUCCGUAUGUGCGUUUGCACUGUCGUCUUUGGCUUGUCUCCUUCCAGUUGUUUUCAUUUCAGAAUAUGAAAUUGUUGGAGUUGUUGCUUCUUUAAUUGCCAAAGCUAGCACCAGUGGCGCUUUCCUGGCUCUGUAUCAACAAGGCCCCGAGUUGUUUCCCACACCACUUAGAGCGGUUGGUAUGGGUAUGAGCUGCACUAUCGGCGUCGGUUCAGCACUUAUUGUGCCCUACAUAGUCUACCUGGCUAAAUAUGGAACAUACAUACCAUUUCUGAUUUUUGCAAUGAUAAGCAUGGCUUCUGGUGUAUGUGCAUCUUUCCUACCGGAGACAUUAAACAAGAAUCUUCCACAAACUGUGGCAGAUGCGGAGAAUUUCGAAAAAGAUUUCAAGUUUUUUUCAUGCUCUGCGAGCUGCGAACCAGAGCCAGAAGCCGAGAGAUCUACCUGGACUCCAGCCAGGUUAUCAGUAAGAUGAUCUGUCCAGUUCAACCAAAUAUUUCUCGGCGCAUAUGCCAGUGAAAGAUCCACCCGACUUAUUAAUAAAGCGAAAUUCAACCUCAUCAGUUACAGCCAUUUCUCCUACAACGAAUUUUAUAUGACAACCAGCAUAAAUGCCAAAUUUUAUCAAAUUGAACAAUUUAUGAAGUAUUUUGACUACACACGUAUUUAAAUCUAAAUUUAGAGACAACAAUGCCGCCCACAUUAGAAAUAGUGAUAUUUCUGAAAUUUUGGUGAAAUGUAAAUUUCAUAUGUAAACUGCUUAAAUCUAUAAUAUUUGAUCUGAUUUCAUGAUUUUCAUUCUUUUUAUUUUCAAAUUCUUCUAUAUUUAUUUAUAAACUCAAAUUAGAAAUUCACUGUAAUUUAAGCAACCUUCAACUGCUACGUUUUUUUAAUCCUGUAUUUUGGUAAUUUAUGUAUUUUUUCCUUUAAAGUGAUUGAAUUAUGUUGUUCUUAUGCUUCGAUUAAGAUUUAUAUGCCUUUAAUUAAUCUACAUGCCAUAGUUGUAGAAUUAUCAAUAGUUUAAAAGUGUAAGUUAAGCUAAGCGAGUUCAGAAACGUCCAACGGGUAUUCCUUAAAUAAUUUAUUGUGCAGAGGAGGAGUGCUUCAAGAAGACCUCUUCCCGAUUCUAAUUAAAUUUAGAAAACGCGUUUUCGCCUUUACUGCUGACAUCACACAGAUGUUCAGAAUGAUUGAAGUUAAUCCUUCGCAAACUGAGCUUAAAACAUUUUAUGAAAAGAUAGCAAAUUCGCAAUCAUUAAGAUUUAUCAGUUACGAACUGUAACGUAUGGAACUGCGUCCGCCCCAUGCUUAGCCACUGAAGUUUUACAGCUUGCCUUAGAUGAGAGAAAAGACUUUUCUUUAGAUUCAAGAACAGUCCUUCAAGAUCUUUACAUGGUAAAUUGCCUUUCUGGGUCUUCAGAAUUCAACGUGUUAGGAAAACUUAAAUCAGAAUUGAAGCAGGUUCUCCAAAGGGAAUGAAUGACUUUGCAUAAGUGGUGCAGUAACAAGGCACCAAACCAUUGAACUGCAACAGUUCGCGAUUGAUUGAACUUCUGAAAAAAAUAACAGUUAAAAUGCUAGGAAUGUUUUGUAAUUGCUUAAGCGAUUCCUUUACAUAUAAAGUAAGUAUAAGCGCUAAUGUUAACUUCACCAAAAGUGAUGUACUAUUUCAAAUAGCACGCAUUUGUGACACACUCGGACUCUUGGUUCCCGUUGUUGUUAAAGCAAAGAUCUUUAUGAAAUAGUUAUGGUUUCUUAAACUAGAUUGGAACAAAACCUAAAUCAGAAUUUCUUAAUUUUUUUGGUGUCCAUAAUAUUUACGAAAAUUUUGUGGGAUCCCCUAAAUAGUGAGCAAAUCCGACACACACGUGAGUGAAACUGACUCUUUCUUUCAAUUGUACUGUAAUCUACUAUUGCAGUUUCAGGUCACUAACUUUAAUUUUUAAAAUAAAAUGAACGUUUUUAUUAUAAAAAA